CUUGGAUAUCAAUAUGCUAUGAACGACGACAUCAAAGGCCUUGCUAAAGUCGAACAAGAUUACGUCUAUAACGCCUCCCUCGUCAACACAUUUUGACACAUGGUCAUACACGAGUAGUAACUGGUCCAUUGUGGAUCUGCCGGAACGAAAUCCAAAUUGGUUAGGAGAUAGAAUGUCAUUGUUCUCCAAGAACACAGUGAGGUGAUCAGCAAUGAUGCGUUCUAGGGUUUUGCCACAAACAGAGGUUAAGCUAAUGGGACGAUAGUUAAGCGGAUCGUAGCGUGGUCCUUUCUUAAAAAUAGGAAUAACGGCUGAACGCUUCCAGUCGUCAGGCACAACCCCCUCUGCUAAAGAGCGGGUGAAGAUAGUGCAUAGAGGGUAAGCGAUGUGUGGGGCACACUUGUUCAGCAGCAGGGGAUGCAGAUUGUCAGGUCCCAUAGAAGAGCUGCAAUCUAAAGAGUGCAGGGCUUUGAGAAUGGACUCAAUCGAGAAUGAAAUGGGGUCAAUGACACAAUCAGCACGUUGGUAGGGACGAGGAUUGGGAGGGGCGACCGACGAGUACACGGAGGCAAACGAGGAAGCAAACACCUCGACCAUCUCACCGGGUGCGUCGGUGAGCUGUCCUGACUGGAGUCUGAUUGGACCGACUGAGGGUCGACCCACCUUCUUCCGACGAAUUGGCCGUGUGGGUCGGUGAGUCGUCGCGCCCCGGCUGUGUGCGGUGGACGCCGCCUGCAGCGCCAUGGACCUGGACAAGCUCGCUUCCAGUCCGUCCAGGAUGGCCGACCUGCAGCCCAGCAUGCCCAAGUUUUUGCGAGAGUCGAGCAUCGCGUUCGGCUCCGGGCAGGCUGCUGGCUUCCAGAUACCAUGUGUGAUCGGCAAAGAGGGCCAGGUGAUCGCGCACGGCCUCACCUCCGGCAUGGGCAUCGCCAUCUUCACCAGCGGCGGCGACUCACAGGGUAUGAACGCGGCCGUGCGGGCGGCAGUUCGCAUGGGUCUGUACGUGGGUGCGCGCAUGUACUUCAUUCGCGAGGGCUACCAGGGUAUGGUGGACGGCGGCGACAACAUAGUGGAGGCCGAGUGGAGCUCCGUCUCCGGCAUCAUCCACAAGGGCGGCACUGUGAUCGGCUCUGCGCGCUGCAAGGACUUCCGUGAGCGCGCUGGUCGGCUGAAGGCGGCGAAAAACCUGGUGGAGCGCGGCAUCACCAACCUGGUGGUGAUCGGCGGCGACGGCUCGCUGACGGGCGCCAACUGCUUCCGCCAGGAGUGGAGCAGUCUGCUGGCCGAGCUGGCCAGUACCGGUCAGAUCUCGGCCGACGACCAACAGAAAUACGCGCACCUCAACAUCGUCGGCAUGGUGGGCUCCAUCGAUAACGACUUUUGCGGCACGGACAUGACAAUCGGCACCGACUCAGCGCUGCACAGGAUCAUCGAGGCGUGCGAUGCCAUCUCAGCCACAGCCUACUCGCACCAGCGCUGUUUCAUCAUGGAGGUGAUGGGACGCCACUGCGGUUAUCUGCCGCUGGUUGCCGCCGAGUGCGUCGAGGCCGACUAUGUGUUCAUCCCGGAGUGGCCGGUCGUCAACUGGGAGAAGAAACUGGUCGUCAAACUGCACGCGGAGCGGGAGCUGGGUCAGCGGCUCAACAUCAUCAUCGUGGCUGAGGGCGCCAUCGACCGGGACGGCAACUCGGUCACCGCCGACAAGGUCAAACAGGUGGUCGUCGAUAACCUGGGAUUCGACACGCGCGUCACCGUUCUGGGCCACGUGCAGCGCGGAGGCAGCCCGUCCGCCUUCGACCGCAUCCUGGGCUGCCGGAUGGGCGCCGAGGCGGUGCUGGCGCUCAUAGAGGCCACGCCGGACACGGAGGCCAGCGUCAUCUCGCUGGACGGCAACCAGGCGGUGCGCGUGCCGCUCAUGGCCUGCGUCAAAAAGACACAGGCCGUCGCCAAGGCCAUGGAGGACAAGAACUGGCAGCUGGCCGUGGAACUGCGCGGCAGGAGCUUUGCGCGCAACCUGGAGACGUACAAGAUGCUGACGCGACUCAAACCGCCCAAGGAGAUCAAGGGCAAGGGCGGACACACGCUGGCCGUGAUGCACGUGGGUGCGCCCUGCUGCGGCAUGAACGCCGCCGUCCGGUCGUUCGUCAGGAACGGUAUCUACCGCGGCGACACGGUGCUCGGCAUUCAGGACGGCAUCGAGGGUCUGGUGGAGAACCAGGUGAAGGAGAUGGGCUGGGGCGAUGUCACCGGCUGGGUGCCGCAGGGAGGCGCCUUCCUCGGCACCAAGCGCACGCUGCCCCAAAAGUACAUGAGUCAGGUGGCGGCCCGCUUCAAGGAGCACAAAAUACAGGCGCUGCUGGUGAUUGGCGGGUUCGAGGCGUACCUGACGCUGCUGCAGCUCUGUGACGCCCGCCAGCAGCACCCGGAGCUGUGUGUGCCCAUGGCCUGCAUCCCGGCCACCAUCAGCAACAACGUGCCCGGCACCGGAUUCUCGCUGGGCUGCGACACGGCCGUCAACGAGAUCACCGAGAUCUGUGACCGAAUCCGGCAGUCGGCACAGGGCACCAAACAGCGCGUCUUCAUCAUCGAGACAAUGGGCGGCUACUGCGGCUACCUGGCCACCAUGGCGGCGCUGGCCGGUGGCGCCGACAACGCCUACAUCUUCGAGGAGCCGUUCAGCAUCGCCGACAUCCGCGAGGACAUCUACCACCUGAUCCAGAAGAUGGACGAGGGUGGCAUCAAGCGCGGCCUCGUGCUCAGGAACGAGUACGCCAACCCCAACUACACCACCGAGUUUCUGCACCAGGUGUUCACCGAGGAGGGCAAGAACACCUUCUCCUGCCGCAUGAACGUCCUCGGCCACAUGCAGCAGGGCGGCUCACCCAGCCCGUUCGACCGCAACAUGGCCACCAAGAUGGCGGCCAAGUGCACCGACUGGCUGGUGCGCCAGAUGACGGAGAACACGCGCGAGGACGGCUCCGUGUUCACCAACCAGCCGGAGACGGUGUGCAUGCUGGGCCUGCGCUCCCGGCGCUACGAGUUUACGCCGGUCCACUCGCUCAAGCCCGAGACCGACUGGGAACACCGCAUCCAGAAGCAGCAGUGGUGGAUGAAGCUGCGCCCGCUGAUGCGCAUCCUGGCCAAACACACGGCCACUUACGAGGAGGAGAACGUCGAGGUCGAGCUGGACGGAAAGGCCCACUAACCGGCCGGCUGCGGCGCCGGCGGGCAUUAGCAACAUUUCGCCGUCUCCUAGUCCACAGUCGAUCUUAAAUCAACCGCGUUGUGAGCGCUUUAGCUAAUUGUUGCCGGCCGAUUUCGCUAUUGGUAUUCGGAAUCGCUAUAGGAAGGCGGCCAGGCUGAUUGUUUUUGUUUUCUGGGCCGGUGAUCGGACGCUUGUUGGCGCCUAAGUGUCCGCCGGCUCGUCAAAUUGCGCCGGGUGGGUGCGUGGGUCGCCGAGCUGCGCUGUCGGCCCUGCCGUGCGCUAGGCCCGCUGGCGGUGUUCUCUGCAUGGCGUACCCAUAUGCUAGGUCAAUCUGAGUUGCAAUCUGUCCUGGUUUGGCGCCGUUUGGACUGUUCCCAAUACACGGUCUUGGCAGAG